AUGAUCGCAGACAGUCCCGGUUCGAUGUACGACACCCCGUCAGCCAUCACUUCUGCUUCGUCGUCCAACUUCGGCACCUCGCAGCAGGCUGCCGUUGACAACCAGAAGCCUUCGUCCGGCCAGCCCGGUAAGGGCCAUGAAUGUCCCCCCACUGCUUGCAUUCCCUGUCGAAGAAAACAUCUCAAGUGUGAUCGGGGAUUCCCUUGCAUACGGUGCGCCAAAACUGGUUCCGAAUGCACCUACGUCGCGUCCCGUCGAGGAGUAAACCGACCCACGGACGCCGUCUCCGUCAAGAGGGGCGUCGGUGAUGCCCUGGGACUGCUGAGCCCCUCGUGGGCGUCCGCGGGCCCCUUUCCCGGCGCCAGCUCCCUGCUCACGCUAUACCGGCCCGUGCGCGAUCCGAGCCAGCAGACCGUCGACGCCACGAUGGCCCAGCGCUGCCUGCACUCCUUCUACUGCGCAUUCCAUCUGGCCCACCCGUUCGUCGUGCCCGAGAAGUUCCUGUUCUUGCUGGCGGGGCAGCCCUCCCUGGAGCCCCUGCUCGCCUCGAUGCGGUGGGUCGGCUCGCUCUAUCUGGCCGUCAACCACGGCGUGCGGGCCACGCUGUUCAGCGACGCCAUCGCCGGCGUGUACGGCAGCGGCUCUGGGGCGGCGGCGACAGCGACGGCGCCGCGAGAUGCCCUCCUGCUGCAGGCGAUGAUGGUUCUCCUCGUCGGCCUCGACGGCAUGUGCGAGUCCGACAUGGCCAGGCGUAUCCUCGGCGAUGCGUCGCUGAUCGCCACCGAGCUGUCCGCGCACACACGGUCGUUUGCCUCGGCACACGGCCAGGGUAUCCCCGUACUCGAGGAGAGCCUGCGGAGGACCUGGUGGGAUCUAUACGUCAUCGACUCCAUGAUUGCCGGCAUGCAUCGCGCCAGCUCCUUUGCCCUGUUUGACCUGGAUACCAAUGCUGACCUGCCCUGCGAGGAAUGGCAGUACAUGUCAGGCAACAUACCCGUCGCACCGACGAGCCUCAGCAGCCUCGAAGCGCGCGACUUCAGCGACUCCGCCCCGCUGUCAUCAUUCGCCUACCGCGUCCUGUGCGCGCGCAACCUCGGCCGCUUCCUGCGGCUGUCUCCCUCCCCGGGACCAGGUGACGAGGACCUAGCACAGCUGGAGGCGUCCCUGACAAACUGGCGGCUGCACCUCCCGCCCGCCAAGCGCGACGCCGUCGGCAUCAACGGCAGCUCGGACGAGAUGAUGUUCCAGGCGCAGAUGAUGCUCCACGCGACGUCCAUCCUGCUGCACCACCCGCACUCGGAGAUCGACUCGGUGGCUGCGCGCAACGUGGACGCAUGCACGUCUAUACCGGGGGAAGGCGUCGGCGGCGACACGGCCGUCAUGAUGCGCGGUCCGGCCGUGGAUGCGCACGGCGCCUCCAGCUCGGGUGGCCUGUACAACACGCACACGCGACACGUCAUCACCGCCGCCGACGAGAUCGGAAAGCUCAUCACCCACCGCGCGCCGAUUCGGUCUCACACCCCCUUCUUCACCUGCGUCAUCGUCCUCGGCUCGGUCGUCCAGCUGAACAGGUGGGGGUCCCAAGGUCGCAUGACGAUGCCCCUGGAGGACGGCGACGGCACAGACUGCAUCGACGGGGGCGGCCGGGAUCAGGAGACCCGUCUACGCGACCAGGUCCGGCUGGGGAUAGGUGCGCUCACUCACAUGGCCGAGGUGUGGAAGUCGGCCGCCACCGCGCUCGGUCAAGUCAGAGGUGUGGCGAGGGAGCUCCAUCAGGCUAAGCAGCAGGGGAGAAGAAGGCAGGGUCAGCAGGAUGAAGCCGAUGCUAUGCGUUUCUGCCUCACCAUGGAGGACAUUUUUGGAGAUGAUUCCCUCAUGGCCACCAUUGGCUCGGGGGGAGCGAUGCCAGACCCAUGA